CGAUAAAAACACCAACAACAACUGUAAUUAACAAUGAAAAAGUUUUCAUCAUUUAUUGGUUCAAUAUUGAUAUUUUUAUCAUUAAUUAUGAUGAUUGAAUUAAUUGAAUGUAGUUAUCAUGGUGGACAUCAUGGUAAAGAUGAUGGUUAUCAUAAACAUAAACCUCAUCCAUAUAAAUUUGGUUACGAAAUUGAAGAUGGUUAUGGUGGAAAAAAUUCACGCCAUGAAUCCGGUGAUGAUUAUGGCAAUGUGCAUGGAACAUAUGCAUUACAUGAUAAAGAUGGUCGUAAACGUAUUGUAGAAUAUGUUGCUGAUAAAAAAGGUUUUCGUGCUAAAAUACAUUCAAAUGAACCUGGAUUACAAUCACAUCAUGCAGCACAUGCACAUUAUGAUGUUGAACAUCAUGGUUAUCAUGGUGGUGGAUAUGAUGAUCAUCAUGGUAAAGGCGGCGGUGGUGGUGGUGGUGGCGAUGAUGAUGGUUAUGGCUAUCAUCAUGAAGAAAGACAUUAUAAAUAAUAGAUUUAAAUUGAACACACACACUGAAUAAGCGGAAAAAAUUUGAUUAAAUAUUUUGAAUGAAUAUUUUUACAGAAAAAAAACAAAAC